AUGAUGUUGGUUUCCGGAAUCCCGACAUGAUGACCCCAAACAUCGACAAACUGGCAACAGAAGGAAUCAUCUUCGAAAAUGCAUAUGUCCAGCCUCUGUGCAGCCCAUCCCGAACCGCCUUUAUGAGUGGAAUGUUUCCAUUCCACGUAGGAAUGCAGCACAGGGUUUUGGGAGCUAGCCAAGCAGCAUGUGUACCCCUCAACUAUACCUUCCUGCCCCAGGAACUGAAGAAUCUCGGAUACACUACGCACAUGAUCGGAAAAUGGCAUCUGGGUUUCUGCAAGUGGGAGUGCACACCGACGUACCGAGGAUUCGAUACUUUCUUUGGCUAUUAUAACGCAGGUGAAGACUACUUCAAUCACACUGUUGGAAAGUAUUUAGACUACACGGACAAUCAGCUUCCCGCAAGAAACUAUUCGGGAGAAUAUUCUGCUUUCACAUUCGCUCAGAGAGCCGUUGACAUCAUUCAUCGACACAAUGUUUCACAGCCGUUGUUUAUGUACCUCCCUUAUCAGAACGUACAUGGUCCUCUUCAGGUUCCUGAGAAGUAUGAGGAUAUGUACCCGAAUGUGAUUAACAAAGGGCGAAGGACGAUGAGUGGAAUGGUGUCUGCCCUGGAUGAGGCAGUGGGUAAUGUUACCCAGGCCCUGAAGGAUCGGGGCUUGUUUGAAAAUACUCUGAUUCUAUUCACCACCGAUAAUGGCGGCGCUCUCGAAGCUUGUGCCAACAACUGGCCCCUGAGAGGAGGGAAGCACUCGAUCUGGGAGGGUGGUACGAGAGGGACAUCCUUCAUGUAUGGUGCUGGGCUCCAGAAGACAAGGACUACAUACAAUGGGAUGAUCCACGCUGUCGACUGGAAGCCCACUUUAGUAUCUGCUGCCGGGGGAACACCGGAAACUACCAUUGAUGGAAUGAGUCACUGGGAUUCUAUUCGAAACGGGCUCCCUUCAUCAAGGACAGAGUUCAUCUACAACAUUGACUACACUGAAAUUCCUGUCGAAGGCCAUGCUGGAAUAAGAGUAGGAGACUACAAGCUCAUCAUGGGAUACGCUGGGGCUCCUGAUGGCUGGCACAGACCCAUGAACACAACCCAGUAUGAACAAUAUGAACAGACAGUUUAUGUCAAAGGAGAUUCUCCAGUCCAUCUCUUCAACAUUCGAGAGGAUCCGACUGAGCACAAUGACCUUGCACAGCAGAUGCCAGACAUGGUGGCGAAGUUGCAUGCCCGGUUUGAGGAGUACAAGAAGACCAUGGUGCCAGCCAAUUUCCCCGAUCCGGAUCCUGCAUCUGACCCCCAAAAGUUUGGAGGCGUUUGGAGCCCCGGGUGGUGCUAAGGAGAUGUACUUGUGUCAAUAUGAAUCAUGCUCUUAUGGUAUAAUCUUCAUUUCGUACGCGCAUAAUAAAUUAAAAUGUGUUAGUUAA